AUGCAAAAUGAAGUCAGACUCCCUCCUAUGGCUUCAGAAUCCGGCAGAAGAUCGGCUCCGAUAUUUGAAAGACCAGAAGAUCUCGAUCGGAAACCAUCUCUGGGUACGAUAAUAUAUUUUAUUGAAAAUAUGAUUUCAGGAUACAUUCCCUUGACAAAUGGGACAUCCAGAUUGGUCCAUCGUCAACCAGCACCGGUCAAUGAUAUCGUCCGAAGUCGUGAAGCAUGUCUCAACGAGCUGAAUAAAGAGUUCGAAAAGAGGAUUUCUUUAAAUUCUAUGCCCUCCAAUCACUCCAGAAAGUUGUAUCCUCAAAACAAAAACGAUGAUGAUUUUGUGCGACAAGUUGAUCUUCUUCAGGAACAGGCUAAUCGCCUUGUUUAUGAUGAGUCGCAUGACAAGUAAGGGAGCAAUUUUAUUAUACUUGAUAUUUUUUGUUGUUGAAUUGAUAUUAUGUUGUAGUUCUCAACGUGGAUUCCAAGAAUUCCAGCCACGAAAACAAAGUCUCAAGGAAAAUCGAGCCAUCCAUGAACAGGACCGGGUACUUUAUGAACUCGAGGACAAUGUAAAUAAUUUUAAAUAUCUCGAGAACGAACCAAGGGUCCAGGUAUUGGGCGCUAGUGAAGUAUAUAACGAUCCUCGACAAAGGAGAUUAAUUCAGAUCAACGAAUCUCAGAACUCGCAAAACAGUAAUUCAGUAGGUUUUACAUAUUUUUUGAAUUCCUGGUAUUAGUCAUGGUGAUUGGUACUGAAAUUUUACCGGCCACUUCAUGUGUUUUAUUCUUUUCAGAGAGAUGGGUCUCAGUUGGACUUCCAGGACAAGAUGAGAUUAUUCGCUGCCCAAUUAGGCGAGGCCGAUCUCCGUUCCAAAUUCAAGGCUUCUUCGGCCGAAAGGGAAAUCGAGGAAUCUUCAUGA